AUGAGCUUAUACAGGUUGGCCGCAGAAUUUGCUGUGUCAAAUGGCAUUCUCAAGCAAGUGGAUGGCAAUCCUUUCAUAUUGUCUUGUACAUUGUUGCCAUCUCCCAUGCCGAAAUCGCUACUUUAUCGUGCACAAGAAGUUCAGUGUGACUUCAAUCUACUCUAUCACAAGGCUGCCAUGGAUCACGAAUUCCUGGAGGCAGUGUUAAAGCCUGUCUUAUGCGUAGAUUCCUAUCUUCGGUCUCUGUGGGAUAUCUAUCUACGCGUCAGAUGUAGUGCUGUCAUGCAGGAUUUAGUUUUAGGACUUAAUCGAUCUGAUUACAUGCUUCAUCUAGAAGAAGAUUUAUGUGAUGAAAAACGAGAGUUUCUUGCAAAUCGGCUAGGCAGCACGAGAGUUGCUGCAAGAUAUGAGGUUGAAUCUGAUGAACAUGUAUGGGAUGGCUUAUCUCUUCGUCAAGUUGAAUUCAAUAUGAUUGCGUGUAGUUUCUGUGGUCUGAUACAAUGUCUCAUUCCUCAGCACCGGAUUGCACUGUCUCUUCAUGGGUUGUUCAAAGAUAUAAAUGUUCGUGUACCAGAUUGCUUUUCUGCUGAUAGAUUUUCUGAAGCUUUACUCUUCGCUUGUCGUAUGUAUGUCGAAGAUUGUUUCAAAAGGAAAUUGGUGACAACAAAGGUAUCAAUUCUUAUCGUAGUUGGUGAAAAUGAAGGAAACAUAUAUGAUCAUCGAGUUUUGAUUGGUCGUCUUUUGUUGAAAAAUCCUGAAAUUAACGUUUUAUAUCAUUCAUUUAAUUAUCUAAAAACUGGGCUGAAAUUAGAUUCAAACCUCCGUUUAUUUGUAGACAACGAAGAAAUAGCUGUUGUUUACUACAGGACUGGUUAUACUCCAGGUGCUUUUCCUGAUGAUGAAACUUGGAAUGUCAAAUAUCAACUGGAACAAUCAUUAGCCAUUAAAUGUCCAUGUAUUCAAUAUUUGCUUGUCAACACAAAAAUUGUGCAGGCUGCUUUAUCUAAAAAGAAAUAUUUAUCUAGAUUUUUCCAGCCUGGUAGUUUAAGUUACCGCAACAUCAUGUCUACUUUCACUAAUCAGUAUACCUUGGACGAAGAAAUGGGCAUAUCAAAUUCAACGGAAAUUCAACAGGUGAUUAGUGAUUGUAUGCUCAAGCCUGAAAAUUAUGUUUUAAAACCACAAAGAGAAGGCGGAGGAAAUAAUUAUUUGGAGGUAUUUUUUUCAAUUACAUACUUUUAAAGUUGAAGUGUAAACUUCAAUUCUCUGAUUAAUGCAACGAUUUGCAUACGCUUUUUAGUGGAGUGCUACUUAUGUUGAUUAUGCGAGAAUUGACAAUAUCCUCCUAUUGCUGAAAUAAAAAGGUUAAUGAAAUGUGAAUUAAUUCACUGACCAGUUUGGGUGAAAAUAAAGCUUAAACUUUUAUACAGCAUAAUCAUCUGAGUUUAAGCGUCACUUGAUUAAUGUUUUUACAGCCUUAUCAACCAUGAAUACAGCUUAAUUCUUUAGCUUUUACUAUGAUUCAAAGUAAUUUGUGAAAAUGAGAGUUUGUGUGUAAAAAUGUAUGUGAUACUUUCUUAGCAUUCAUAAUGUAUGGCAGUAGAGUGAAUGUUCACUUUUUGUCUGCAUGAUCUACACGAAGAAUGUGUAAGUUUAAACACUUCUAAAGACAACUAUGUAUGAAACUGUUCAUCGAGUUUUUACAUAAUAUCGAAGAAGGUAAAAAGAAGAUCGAAGGAAAUAUUUUGAAAUCUAAGCCCAAAUUCCCAUUUGUGGUAGAGUACUUUUUUGCGUCGAUGAAUGUAUGAAUAAAAAUUCUUUAAUCAGCUAGGCAGUAAUUUUACUGAUUUUAUUUUAAUGUUAAACAAAUUUUCAAAUGAGGUUGCUUUUGGAUAGAACCAAUAACUGAUUAGUGUUUUUUUCGAAUAAGCAAACUAAUGUGCAGAUCUUCAUAAGUUGGAUUUAGCAUAUCCCCCCUACUGACAUGAUGUUAGAACCUAUAAAUGAAACUUCACUGCAGAAAAUUGAUUAAUAUGCACGCUAAUAUUUACAAGAUCAACAACGGGAUAACACAGGCAACAUCGUGUAAACUUUACCCUUCAUACAAGAAGUGACUAUCGUGACUUACUGGCCUAGUGGAUAACACUCUGGUGUCUGAAGUGACCAGUCUUUGGUUCGAGUCUUAGGGGGAACACCGUUGCUCAUUGAGAGGCAGGUACGUCCGGUUGACGAAUCCCAAACAGGAAGAAACGUACGUCCUGGAUUCGACUGCCACUUACCAUCUACCAUUAUUAUCAAGUUAUCACAUGCCAACAGAGACUGAUCAUUUCGGUCCAAUCAAUGACGAAGUAAUACAAGCAACAUCAUAUCAAUGUCAUUAUUUAUGAAAAAUAUGCAACCAAAUGUAGGUUAAUACCCUGUUCUGUGAGCUAACUCUCUUUCCUUAGAUGGGCACUUGGCAUAACUAAUUAACUUCCCAAGUAAAUAUAAUACCUAUCGCAUAAAAAAAAUGUGUACCACUUAUGUUUACCUGAACCCCAAUAGGUGGUACGGCUUGACAACCCGGCCACUUUGUCUUGGUUGAGACAGUAUCGACAAACACAAUGAAUUGUUCGACAUUAGGUUUCGUGUUUCUUGGUAACUAUCGGGGAAAAGUGUUUACAAAUUAGAAGGAAAUUGUAUUUUCCCAGAUAUUGAAACCUGUGUCUCUCAGGUUUUGUCAUUAUGUGCUACCUAGGCUACAAAUGACUAUCUGUUAAACGCAACUGUGCAAUCGAUUUGUCAACUUAAGAGUGAUCAUAGGUUUACUAAGAGUUAUUGCUACGUCUUUAUGAUGAGGACCAACAAUCACAAGACCUACGUUUAAAGUUCCUGUCGGUUGGCUUCUGAAUCUACUAAAACUAAUGCGCCUCUAUGACGUGUCAUGUAGCCUUGUGUUCACAUUACGAACUUGAUUUACACGCUUCAAAAAGCACUGUAGACUUGACACACACCUUCCAGCUUUUAAUUUGUGGUCAGUAAUGCAUAUACAACUAAUUACUUUUAAGAAAUGAUUUGGUUCGUAUCUAAGUAUUUUUGAUUAUUCCUUUUUAUAGUAUAAACAAUCACUACAUCAAUUAUAAUGUGUACUUGUAUUUAUAAAUGUUACUGUAAACAAAUUGUUUUCUUCCUACUAUUCAUGCUGACAGUGGAUAUUGUGCAGAAAUUGAA